GGUAACCCAGGAUCGCAGUACACGCACACGAGGCACAACAUCGGCUUCCUGGCUGUUGAUGAGCUUGCGAGGAGGUGGCAAGUAACCAUGAAGCCGGUGGCGGAGGUCCAUGGGGAUCUUGGAUGCGUCAUGAUCAACGGGCGGAGGGUCCACCUGCUGAAGCCAACGACCUUCAUGAACCUCUCGGGCAAGUCUGUGCAAGCAGCUCUCUCCCUCCUCGACAUCACCAACCUCGAACGGCUGCUCGUCAUCAUCGACGACAUCUACCUGCCCGUCGGGGGCUUGCGGGCGAGGCCCAAGGGGAGCCCCGGAGGACACAACGGACUCAAAGACGUCGAGCGCAAGCUCGUUACGCCCGAUUAUCCCCGUCUGCGCGUGGGGGUGGGAACCGUUCCUGAA